AUGCACAUCAAGUCAAUAGUGUUAGAUGGGUUUAAAUCCUAUGGAAAUCGAGUGGAAGUAACCGGCUUCGACCCAGAAUUCAACGCUAUUACUGGUUUAAAUGGAACUGGAAAAUCGAAUAUAUUGGAUUCCAUUUGCUUUGUAUUAGGAAUUACCAAUCUUUCAAAUGUACGAGCAGGCAGUCUUCAGGAGCUUAUUUACAAACAUGGUCAGGCUGGAAUCACAAAAGCAACAGUUAGCAUUACAUUCGAUAAUAGAGAUAAGAGACAGUGUCCAAUAGGCUAUGAGAACCAUGAUGAAAUUACCGUUACAAGACAGGUGGUUAUGGGUGGCAAAAAUAAGUAUUUAAUCAAUGGCAUCAAUGUGCAAAACAAGAGAGUUAGUGAUCUAUUCUGCUCAGUACAACUCAAUGUGAACAAUCCACACUUUUUAAUUAUGCAGGGAAGAAUUACCAAGGUUUUGAACAUGAAACCACCAGAGAUAUUAUCAAUGGUUGAAGAAGCGGCUGGCACAAGAAUGUAUGAAGCAAAAAAGCAGGCGGCACAGAAGACUAUAGAAAAGAAAGAUGCCAAGCUCAGAGAAUUAAAUGAUAUAAUCAAAGAGGAUAUAGCACCAAAAUUACAAAAGUUACAAGAUGAAAGGUCUCAGUUUCAAGAGUACCAGAAGGUGGUGAGAGAGCUAGAGAACCUGACCAGGCUCUAUGUGGCUUGGAAAUAUGUAACAGCAGAGGAAAGCACAAAAGAAGCUGAAAAAAAGGUGACAGAAGUACAAGAUGAGAUCAAAACUAAGAAAGAGAAUAUCAAAAACAAUGAAAAAGAGUCUAAAGAGUUGGACAAGCAGAUUUCUGAGCUCAAUAAGAAACUAGAUGAGGAAAGCGGUAGUGCACUGAAGCAGCUUGAAGCGCAGCAGCAAAGCGCAGAGCGGACAGAGGCGGGUGCGGGUGCAGCGCUGCGGGGCGCUGCAGACGCAUUGGCAGCACAUCGAACACGCUCCCGCUUACUGCAGCGAGCGCUUGCUGACGAUCGUGCUGCUCUUGCUUCGAAGAAACAGCAUUUGGAUAAGGUAUCAUCAACAUUCGAAAGCCUGAAGUCUGCAAGUGAGAGCAGCGAGGCGGCGCUCGCGGAAGCGCAACAGCGCUUCCUUGCCGUCAGCUCGGGGCUUGAGGGUGCUUCAGAGUCUCUGCAGGAUCAACUUAUGGCCGCAAAACAAAGCGCCUCGGAAGCGUCAACGCGUAUAUCCCAAAGCAACAUGGAGAAGCGUCACGCGGAGCAGCGGCUGCGCGAGCUGCAGGCGGAGCUGCGGGCGAGCGGUGCGCAGGGCCGCAGCGACGCAGCCGCCAUACAGCGGCUGCGGGCCGACGUCGGCCGGUUGCAGACUCAACUAGCGUCAUGCCAGUACAGCGAGGAGCGCAGUACUGAGAUGAAAGCUCGUGCACGCGCCUUGCAGCAGAGCGUGCGCAGCGGCCGCGACCGCGCGGAAGCGCUGGCCGCCCGUCUACAGAGAUGUGACUUCCGAUACACCCCGCCCACGUCGGACUUUGACGCGCAACGUGUUAAAGGCACAGUGUGUCGACUCCUGGAUGUGAAGGAUCCCAUUUACUGCACGGCGCUGGAAACUGCUGCCGGCGGAAGGCUGUAUAAUGUGGUGGUGGACACGGAGGUUACGAGUAAGCUGCUGCUGCAGCGCGGGAGGCUGCAGUCGCGCACUACCAUCAUCCCGCUGAACAAGAUCUCCGCGCACGUCAUACCGCCUGACACUGUGAGGCUUGCGCAGGAGAUUGGCGGCGGUGCAUCCGAGGUGCAGCUGGCACUCGACUUGAUCUCGUACCCUUCGUCCCUGCGGCCGGCCAUGGCGUGGGUGUUCGGAGGCACGUUGGUGUGCGCGUCGUUGGAGGCAGCCAAGCGUGUCACGUUCCACCCCCGCGUGCGCGCGCGCAGCGUCACACUGGACGGUGACGUGUUUGAUCCCUCUGGUACAUUAUCUGGUGGAGCGAGACAAAAGGGUGGUUCGAUACUAGUACAGUUGGCAGAACUAAAAGAGUUGGAAGCGUCUCUCAAAGAGUCCGAGGCGCAGCUGGCGCAGUGCAGCGCCGAGCUCGACGCCAUGCAGCACGCUGCAGAGAAUUACAACACGUUACAACAGAAAGUGGAGAUGUCACGUCACGAGCUGGCGGUAGCGGAGGCGCGCGUAGCGGCUAGCGCGCACGCCCAGCUCUCUGCGGAAAUUGACGCACUCACCGAAACUGUAACUCGCCUUACGGCCGCCGUGGAAGAAGACAAGAAAAUCCAAACGGAGGCGUCAGCGCGCGCGCGUGAACUAGAGGCCAAGGUCAAGGACAUCAAAGGACAUAGAGAAAGAGAGUUCAAAAAAGCAGAAGAAGCGUUAAAGAAAGCUAAGAAGGACGCAGAGCAUCAUAGCAGCUCGUGGAAACAGCGGGAACAAGAGUUCGAAACCCUCAGAUUGGAGGUGCAAGAGUUGGAGAAAGCGGUAACAUCCAGUGCUGCGCAGCUCGAGGAUACGGAGACCAGCUCGGGGGAGCUCCAAGCUGCUGUGGAUGAGGCGACUGCUGAGCAUAAACAGGCUGUGGACGCAGUAAAAGAGUUACAAGUGAAAAUAAAGAAGAAGAAAGCAGAAAUAUCAAGCAAGAACAGUGAUAUAUCUCGUUUGGCUCAACGCAAAGAACAACUUGCUAAGGUCAAUUCAGAGUUGGAACUUUCUAUCAAGGAGUUGGAUUAUAAGAUCAAAGAACUUCAAGGAGAAGCAGCAGAUUGUCAGAAGAGGAUACAAGCGCUAGAACAAGAGAACACGUGGAUCUCCAGCGAGCGCCAGUAUUUCGGGCUGGCGGGCGGUGCGUACGAUUUCGCGCGCGCCCAGUGCGGCGCCGGCGUGGCGGGCGCGCGCGUGGCGCAGCUGCGCGAGCGCAGGGACAAGCUGGCGCGCGGGCUGAAUGCGCGCGCGCACACGCUGCUGGGGAAAGAGGAGGAACAGUACCAGGACGUCAUGAGGAAGAAGAAGAUAGUGGAAGCGGAUCGCGCCAAGUUAGUGCAAGUGAUGGCGGAGCUGGACGAGAAGAAGCGCCGCACGCUGGUGACGGCCUGCGAGCAGGUCAACCGCGACUUCGGCUCCAUCUUCAGCACCCUGCUGCCCGGUGCGCAGGCGCAGCUGCGACCGCCCCCUGGACUAUCCGUGUUGGAUGGGCUGGAGGUGAAAGUGGGUUUCAACAAUACAUGGAAGGAGUCUCUAGGUGAGCUGUCGGGUGGACAGCGUUCCCUAGUAGCCCUGGCGCUGGUACUCGCUAUGUUACUGUUCAAGCCUGCACCACUCUAUAUCUUAGACGAGGUGGAUGCUGCACUGGACCUCUCCCACACGCAGAAUAUCGGUCGGAUGCUCAAAGAUCACUUCAGGCAUUCACAGUUCAUCAUAGUAUCGCUGAAGGACGGCAUGUUCAACAAUGCGAACGUUCUCUUCCGUACACGCUUCGUGGACGGUAUGUCGUCCGUGCAACGCACUGCAAACACGCAGAGAAGG